CUGGCAGAAACUGAUUUAACUGAUUCAAGCCAGGAACAAUGAUACUGGGUGAAUGACCGGCAUCAAUAAAUACUGAACAUGAUUAGUAAACGCGGUGCACUUAUAGUUUUAGAGGGCUGCGAUCGAGCCGGUAAAUCGACCCAGAUGAAGAUGUUGAUAAAUGCAUUGAACGAUCUACGGAUUCCUGCAGAAAACAUAGCUUUCCCGAAUAGAAAGACUCCUGUCGGAUCUAUCUUGGAUAGUUUUCUGUCAAAAAAGAUAAAUGUGCCACCGGAAACAGCCCAUUUGUUGUUCUCUGCGAAUCGAUGGGAGUGUAAAGAGGACAUGGAGAAGACACUUCUGUCUGGUGUCACUCUAAUAGUGGACAGAUACGCAGCCUCUGGUGCUGUAUAUACAGCAGCCAAUACUGGCAGAAGUCUCAAUUGGUGCCAACAGCCCGACCUAGGGCUUCCAAAACCGGAUUGCGUGAUGUUUCUCAAGGUGUCCAAGCGACAGCAGGAGCAGCGUAGUGAUUGGGGAAAAGAAAGAUUCGAGCAUGACGAAUUUCAGCAACGUGUCAAUGCUAAUUAUGAGAAAUUAAGAGAUGACACUUGGAUCACUAUAAAUGCGGAUCAGGAUGAAUCAGCUGUGCACAGUGAAAUACUGCGGAUGGCGUUAUCAGUCAUCCAAGAGAUUCAGUAUCGUAAUAUAGAAUUGUUAAGUAACUGAGGAUGCUGAUAAAUUUGUAAUUUUAUACCUUUAUCUCGGCAAGGAAUUACUAUAUUAGUAAUUCUUAGCGAUAUUUGCCGCAAUCUCUAAUAAGGUUUUGAAAUCAUAAUGUAAAACUAUUAAGUGAUUGAAGAUGCUGAUAAAUUUUGAAUUUCACGUUUUUAUCUCGAGGAAUUACUAUAUUAGUAAUUCUUUGCAAUAUUUGCUACAGUUUCUAUAAAGUACAAUUUUUAUAAAGUAUUA